CAUUUCCAUAUCCGAGUACCAAAUUUAAGACCAGCCGCGAAGGCGCGUUUUCUCUUCGUUCUCUCUGCUUAAACCCUCACACACACAUUGCUCACCACCACCAAGCUGUUUCUGCAAAACCCAAAUUGAAAACACAGACUCACAGAGAGAGGGAGAGAGAGAGACAGAGACAGAGAUGGAUAAAGUGAGAAUAGAAGAGGUACAGUCCACUACGAAGAAGCAGCGCAUCGCUACUCACACUCACAUCAAAGGUCUUGGCCUUGAGGCCAGUGGAAGAGCAUUGCCCUUGGCUGCUGGGUUUGUGGGUCAGGCAGAGGCAAGGGAAGCAUCUGGUCUUGUAGUUGAUAUGAUACGGCAGAAGAAAAUGGCUGGGCGGGAACUUCUAAUGGCUGGGCCUCCUGGUACUGGAAAGACAGCUCUGGCUCUUGGAAUAGCACAGGAACUUGGGAGCAAGGUUCCAUUCUGCCCAAUGGUUGGGUCAGAAGUGUACUCAUCAGAAGUAAAGAAAACUGAGGUUUUAAUGGAAAACUUUCGACAGGCCAUUGGUCUAUGUAUCAAGGAAAAUAAAGAAGUCUAUGAAGGAGAGGUUACUGAACUUUCCCUGGAAGAAGCUGAGAGUGUGACAGGUGGCUAUGGUAAAAGUAUUAGCCAUGUGAUCAUUGGAUUAAAAACUGUGAAAGGAACCAAGCAACUGAAGUUGGACCCAACCAUUUAUGAUGCCUUGUUCAAGGAGAAGGUGGCUGUUGGUGAUGUUAUAUACAUUGAAGCAAAUAGUGGAGCAGUAAAGAGGGUGGGCAGAAGUGGCGCUUUUGCUACAGAAUUUGACCUUGAAGCAGAAGAGUAUGUUCCACUUCCUAAAGGAGAGGUUCACAAAAAGAAGGAGAUAGUUCAGGAUGUAACACUACAUGAUCUGGAUGCUGCAAAUGCACGGCCUCAAGGUGGGCAAGAACUAAUGGGGCAGAUGAUGAAGCCUAGGAAAACAGAAAUCACUGACAAGUUAAGACAAGAAAUUAAUAAGGUUGUUAACCAGUACAUUGAUGAAGGUGUAGCAGAACUUGUCCCUGGAGUUCUAUUCGUUGAUGAGGUACAUAUGCUGGAUAUGGAAUGCUUAUACUUGAAUUGUGCUUUAGAUAGCUCACUAUCUCCAAUAGUAAUCUUUGCCACAAACAGAGGGUUUAGCAAUGUGAGAGGGACUGAUAUGAACUGUCCUCAUGGCAUACCUGUCGACUUGUUGGAUCGGUUGGUUAUUAUCCGAACACAGACUUAUGAUGUUGCUGACAUGAUAAAGAUUUUGGCUCUCCAUGCAAAUGUGGAGGACCUAGUUAUAGAUGACGAAAGUUUGGCUUACCUGGGUGACAUUGGUCUACAAGCAUCCUUAAGGCAUGCAGUUCAGCUGUUAUCGCCCUCCAGUAUUAUGGCAAAAAUGAAUGGCCGCGACAAUAUCUGCAAGGCGGAUAUUGAGGAAGUGAAAGCUCUCUAUAUGGAUGCAAAGUCUUCAGCAAGACUUCUUCAAGCGCAGCAGGAAAAAUACAUUUCAUGAUAAUUCUAAACAAUUUUCCCUGAAUGUCAAAUGUAGUCUGAAUUUGGAAGUAGCAUUAUUUAGGUUCGGAUAGCUUCUCUGUCGUGGGUUUUGAAAGAGCAGGAGGUUUUGGUCAAAGACUUUGGCUUCGUUGAUAAUUAAUGUGUAAAGGCGAAAUGUUUCGGAAGUGUUCCAAGCUACGGGAAAUUUGUAUUUGUCAUGAGUAGUGUGUCAUGAGUAGUGUCAUGGUUUUGCUGUCAGCAGCGAUGCAAGUAAGUGGUGAAACUCUAGUUGUUGCACCAUUCUGUUAAUGAAUGCAUCUAUGUAUGGAACUAAGCUUGCAAAUACACUUCAUAUUUACCCUGGAAAAUUACUAACCCAGUUAUGUGAUGAUCACUAAUUCUCAACUUUAUUUAACAAUUUUUAUGCGAAUCUGUGUGAGCUUUAUUUACAGCAUGGAAGUAGCCAUUGCUUUAUAUUU